AUGCAAGAUUUGAAAUCAAAGUUAGAAAUUCGCUCUGGUGGUGUACGCAUGGUUGGGAUAUGGGGGGUUGGAGGUGGUGGUAAGACUACUCUUGCAUUAUCUGUUUUUAGGGAAAUCUCUAGCAAGUUUGAUUUUUGCUGCUUUAUUGAAAAUAUUCGUGAGGAAUCAAGCAGAUAUGGUUUGGAAAAAUUGCAAUUUAAAAUUCUUUCAAAUGUUUUGACGCGAAAAGAAAUUGAAAUAAACAGAGAUGUACGACAGCUGCUAAAGGAUAGGCUUUCUCGUAUAAAUAUCUUGCUUGUUCUUGAUGAUGUUGAUCACCUUGACCACUUGAAAAUGUUAGCUGGAUCACAUGAUUGGUUCGGUGAAGGAAGCCGAAUAAUCAUCACAACUAAAGAUGAACAUUUAUUAACUGCACACAGAGUAAAUGUGAUAUACAAUAUUAGGUUGCUAAACAAUGAUGAGGGUACUAAGCUCUUUCGCAAGCAUGCACCCCGGGAUUACAGACCUAUAGAAGAUUAUGAGCUACUUUCAAAAUAUGUGGUAUCUUAUGCUGGUGGGCUCCCUUUAGCACUUACGGUUUUGGGUUGUUUUCUGUGUGACAAAGACAUUGAUGAGUGGUGGAGUGCAUUAGCCAGACUGGAAGAGAUCCCGGAGACCGAUAUUGUGGAAAAGCUAAAAAUCAGUUUUGAUGGACUUAAACCGGUUGAAAAAGAGUUGUUCCUUCAUAUUGCAUGCUUCUUCAGAGGGCUGUAUAAUAAUGAAAGGACAAUGGCUAUGCUUGAUGCUUGUGGUUUUUACCCGGUUAUAGGCCUAAAAGUGUUGGUACAAAAGGCACUUAUAACUAUUUCGGAUGGAGUGUUUGAUAUGCAUGAUCUGGUGCAAGAAAUGGGACACUACAUUGUUAGAGGGAAACACCCUAACAAUCCUGAAAAACAUAGUAGAGUUUGGAAGAAGGAAGAUGUUCUAAAGAUCUGUACUAUGGAUUCAACGAAGGAACUUGACAUGAUUGAAGCAAUAAGAUUUCAAUGCAAUAGGUAUGAUCCGGUAGAACUUCUUCCUCCGGUUGUUGCAAACAUGAAAAACCUUCGGUGGAUUGAUUGGAGAGGUGAUCUUGCAAGUCCAUUUCCUACUAACUUUCCACCUGGGGACCUUUGUUGUCUGAUAUUGGAUGACAUCUCGCAGAAACGACUUUGGGGUGGUUAUAAGGUAAUUCUUAUACUUUCUCUAAUUAACCCCAAAAAGCAGAUGAAUAAUCAUAGACCCGACUUGCCUAAUAUUGAGAGUAAAUUACACGGACAUGAGCACACAGAUAUGUCACCUGUCAUUGGUGUCAUUGCGCACCAUCGCUUGUAG